GUGCUGAGCCGCGGUGGGGAGGCCUCGGGAGCAGGCCUAGCCGAAUGCCUGGGCUCGGGGCACUGGGCGCAGCGGUGACCGCGCUGGUGGCCGCGCUGCUCCUGUGGCCGAGUGAGGACGCGGGACCGGGUACAGUCCCCGGGAAUCCCUCCGGCAUGGCCGAAGCAGAGGAGCUGACGAAGCUUCGGGAAGACUUCAGAAUGCAGAAUAAAUCUGUCUUUAUUCUGGGAGCCAGCGGGGAAACCGGCAAAGUGCUCUUAAAAGAAAUCCUGGACCAGAAAUUGUUUUCUCGAGUCACCCUCAUUGGCCGGAGGAAGCUCACCUUCGAUGAGGAAGCGUAUAAAAAUGUGAAUCAAGAAGUGGUGGACUUUGAGAAGCUGGAUGACCAUGCUUCUGCCUUUCAAGGUCACGAUGUUGGAUUCUGCUGCCUGGGUACCACCAGAAAAAAAGCCGGAGCGGAAGGAUUUGUUCGCGUCGACCGGGAUUAUGUGCUGAAGUCUGCAGAGCUGGCAAAAGCCGGAGGGUGCAAACAUUUCAACUUGCUCUCCUCUAAAGGAGCUGAUAAGUCAAGCAGUUUUUUAUAUCUGCAAGUUAAGGGAGAAGUGGAAGCCGGGGUUGAAGAAUUAAAAUUUGAUCGUUACUCAAUAUUUAGGCCUGGAGUCCUAUUAUGUGACAGGCAAGAGUCUCGCCCAGCUGAGUGGAUGGUUAGGAAGUUCUUCGGUUCUUUACCUGACUCCUGGGCCCGUGGGCAAUCUGUGCCUGUGGUGACGGUGGCUAGAGCGAUGCUAAACAACAUGGUGAGGCCAAGUGACAAGAAGGUGGAACUUCUGGAAAACAAGGGCAUCCAUGACCUGGGCAAGGCCAGUGGCUCACUCUAGCCCAGAGCACCAUGGAGAAGCAUGCUUUACUGUUCUUCCCUAUACCCUGUGCUAAAUCGGUCAUUUCAGGGUUUAAAAAAAGUCAGCAUGCCUUAACUUGAUCAUUUAUUCUGAUACUCUGAUCCAGGCAAAAUAUGAUUGUGCGUUGCCUCCAUGGUUGAGAGUCUGGCUGUACAGACAGUUCACCAGUGAGCUAUAGAAAAUAGAGAUUCCUAGGCCCUAGAUCAGAAGGUCUGGGAUGGAAACACCAGAAUACAUCCUUUUCUUUUAUUAAAACUGCUGCUGGUGGUUCUGCUGCUGCUGGUGGAGAAACCAGUUGUCUGUGGAGUCCCAGCAUC